CGGGCCGGGGCCACCUCCCACCUUCGGCAGCGGGCGGGCGGCUCGGCUGGGCUCGGCUGCGGCGCUGCAGGCUCGGGUCCCGGCUGCGUGCGCCAGUACCUCCCCCAGCGUUGCCGCCGCUCCCCGCUUCGCCGCCGGCGCCGGGCUGCGAGUGGUAGAGGCAGCGGCAUGCCCAGGCGCAUCAUCGCGGAGGUGAAGGUGCUGGACGUGCAGAAGCGGCGCACCCCCAACAAGCACUAUGUGUACAUUAUCAAAGUCACCUGGUCCAAUGGAUCCACAGAAGUCAUAUACCGACGGUACAGCAAGUUCUUCGACUUGCAGAUGCAAAUGCUGGACAAGUUUCCGAUGGAAGGAGGGCAGAAAGACCCCAAGCAAAGGAUCAUCCCCUUUUUGCCAGGGAAGAUCCUCUUCCGACGGAGUCACAUCCGCGACGUUGCAGUCAAGCGCCUGAUACCUAUCGAUGAAUACUGCAAGGCUCUGAUCCAACUGCCUCCCUACAUAUCCCAGUGCGAGGAGGUUCUCCAGUUCUUUGAGACACGACCUGAUGACUUGACACCCCCCAAAGAGGAGCCCAUUGGAAAGAAGAGAUCUGGAGCUGACUCUGCGUCGGUCGACCCCUUGGUGCUGGAGCAGUAUGUCGUGGUGGCAAACUACCAGAAGCAGGAGAGCUCCGAGAUCAGCUUGUGCGUGGGCCAGUUGGUGGAUAUCAUUGAGAAGAAUGAAUCAGGCUGGUGGUUUGUUAGCACGUCAGAAGAGCAAGGCUGGGUGCCGGCGACCUGCCUGGAGGCCCAGGAUGGCGUCCAGGACGAGUUCUCAAUGCAGCCCGAUGAAGCAGAGGAGAAGUACACCGUUAUUUACCCAUAUACCGCGAGAGACCAGGAUGAAAUGAACCUGGACAAAGGGGCUGUGGUGGAGGUGAUCCAGAAGAACCUGGAGGGCUGGUGGAAAAUCAGGUACCAGGGGCAGGAAGGCUGGGCCCCUGCCUCCUACCUCAAAAAGGGCAAUGGAGAGAUGCUCUCACAGAAGCUGGGUUCGGGUCCCUCCACUCACUCGUGUGCCUUGGAUCUGGAUGGCGUCUCCCGGCAGCAGGCGGUGGGGAGCCGAGAGAAGGAGGGGCUUGCCGGCCCGAGGGACGGCAGGUUCGACAGCCGGCCCCUGCCCAGCGCUGACAUCAGACGCAAGUCACCAAAGAUGAGGCAGAGGCCCCCUCCUCGCCGAGAUCUCACCAUACCACGUGGGUUGAACUUGCCUAAACCUCCUGUCCCUCCUCAAGUGGAAGAGGAAUAUUACACCAUUGCUGACUUCCAGACCACCAUCCCUGAUGGCAUCAGCUUCCAGGCAGGAAUGAAAGUAGAGGUCAUUGAGAAAAACUUGAGCGGCUGGUGGUACAUUCAGAUUGAGGAGAAGGAAGGUUGGGCCCCUGCCACGUUCAUUGAUAAGUACAAGAAAACCAGCAGUGCAUCCAGGCCGAAUUUCCUGGCUCCACUGCCCAACGAGAUGGCCCAGCUCCGGCUUGGCAAUGCUGCAGCUGAUGGCAGCACCGGGGAGGAGGUGACAGGACCCUGUCGUCCUCUGCCGGAGGCUCCUCCCAAUGGUAUGGACUGUGGUGGUAAGUGGGCCAAAGACUGGAAGGGGAAGGAGGCUCCUGAGAGCGGGGACCUAGCCUUCACCAGUGGGUAUGAGGAGAUCUCAGACCAUGACACAGAGGAGAAGCCCAGCCUGCCACCCAGGAAGGAGUCCAUCAUUAAAUCAGAAGGCGAGUUACUGGAGAGGCAGAGGCCUCCUCCCAAGCCUCCAGGUGUGAUUCUACCCAUGAUCCCACCCAAGCAGUUCACAGCCCCAAAGGACAGCAAGAAGCCUGAGCUGAAACCAGAGAAGGGCAAACUCUUCCAGCUGAAAAAUGAAAUGGGACUGGAAUGUGGACACAAGGUGUCAGCCAAGGAAGUGAAGAAGCCAAACCUCCGGCCCAUUGUCAAGCCAACCAAGCCAAAAGCUGAGCCUGUGGAGGAUAAGCCUGAACCCAUUGCCCAGAAUCCAUUCUUGAAGUCAAGACCUCAGAUCAGGCCCAAACCUGCUGCAGCUGCCCGGGCUGACCCACCUGCAGCUAAUGAUAAACUGGACAUUUGCAACCUGCGCAGCAAGCUCAGACCUGCAAAGUGCCCAGAGAGACCCUCUGAGCAGGACACUGCUGCCAGUGACAGCUCUUUCAGUAGCACCAUGGUCUCUUCAGAGGCUUCUGGAAGGUAUCAGGAGCGACCGAGCGUGGAGAGCAAACCCCUACCCAAGCUGGACAGCCACACUGCAAAAGAAGUGGUGCCCAAACCUCCCCUGGUCCCAGCAAACACUCCAGGGGCCAGGGAACCCUCAGCGCAGCGCCCUGUUGUGCCACCCCGCAGACCACCCCCUCCCAAGAAAACAGGGGCUCCUGCUUGCAGCCCUGCAGUGGAGCUCAGGGCCUCAGCCCAGGAAGCUCCUGAAAUCAGACCCUCUCCAGUUCCAGGGAGGCCCAUGCUGGUUCCUCCAAAAGCCAAACCAUUCCUCACUGCAUCUGUCCAGGAUGAAGCCAAAGUGAAAAGCAGCGUGAGCCAAAAGGUUAUAUCCAAACCAAUAGAGAGAGGGGAAGCCAGAGAGAGGACCUCAGCCCUUUUCUCCAGUCCAGACAUCUCCAGGGAAGCUCUCUACGUGGCAGUGGCAGAUUUUGAAGGUGAUGAGGAGACCAACAGCUUUAAAGAAGGGACUUUGUUUGAAGUUCGCGAGAAGAACAGCAGCGGCUGGUGGUUUUGCAAGGUCCUAACUGGGGGCCCGUGCUGGGAGGGCUGGAUCCCUUCCAAUUACCUACGGAAGAAGCCAUAGCUGCUCCCCUGCUUGCACAGCUGGAGGUUCUCUGGUGUCUCACCUGAGUAUUUAAUUAGCAGAUUAAUUUAUAGUUCCUGUGAGGCUGGCUUUACAACAAAGGGUAAACUGAGAUCCCAUGCCUCCCAGCUGGUGCCCGUUGGUGGCUGCACGGAGGAAGCAGCUUGGCCUCUCUUCCCCACCCAUGAGCUCCCACCUGCCCCCACGUCCUCCCUGAACGCAGUACUCAAGAGCCUUGAUGGUAGCCCAGUCGUGCAGCCAGGGCUGCUCUGGGCAAGCACACGAUGGCUGCCAUGGCUCCCCAUGCUGGGGAGAUGUCCCUUGAUAGACAUUUUUGCCGCUUGUUUGGGAAAUCAGAAGUACAGCAGUAGCCAGGGAGAGAAGCGAAGCGUGGCACAGGACCAAUGAGUGACAUCUGGCCACACAAAAGGAUUUACCUUGCCCUGAGGCUCAGGGUCACAGCCAGAUGGUGUAGGUCACAUUGCUUGAUCCAGGUGUGUAGCAACAUGAUCAAGAAGGUGGUAAAAAGGAGGAAUGGUUGCUGAGCACAAGGUCCCUGUAGCUCUGUAUGUGCAGGUGGAGGUUCUGCACUCUGGUUUAGGGCUGGGCCUUGCUCCCUGCUGCACCUGUGCCAUGGCAACAUCCCUUUGGCCUGUGCUCUGCAGUGGCAAGUGUUUAACUUCAGCAUCCUCCUGGUGGGAAAAAUGAUACAGAGGAAUACACACAGGCCCACACGUGUGGAACAGGUCCUCUCUGUGCUGGUCCAGGAUGCUACACGGGCUUCUCCCCUGCAGUACUACAACCAAACAAGAGGUGCUUUGCUUUGGUAGCUGAAGAAUACUAUGCAAGGCACAGAGGACUGAAAUGACCCCAAAAGCCAUGGAAAGAGGAUGCAUUGCUUUCCUUCCCACACAAACUGCCCUGCCUGUUGGACUGUUAGGGGGCCACCCCUUCUCAUGACCCACAGAGCUUCCCCAGGCUGGCAGGCAGCAGCCAGGAGUUGGGUCCUUCAGUAGGUGCUGAUAUUACCAAGUGCAAUCCAGAAUGUGGGAGUUGAGCUCCUCACCACAACCAGUUGCAAGGUGUGUCUGGUGCUCAGGGGCUUCCUGCCUUUUGUCACCCCAUCGGCCUGUCUUGCAGAUACUGUCACUUCAUCCUGCAUGGAGGGCUGUUUGGGGGCCUUCAGAUCAUGUUCUUCCACGCUGACAUUCCUGCCUGCCAAACCUAAUCUUGCCCUCAGUGUUGCUUAUCCCAGCAGGAGGAUGAGCAUGGAUGAGCUGUCAUUCCCCAAUGCUGCUUUCUUCUGUUCUGUACUUGGCUACUUACAGAUUCAGGACCACAUCUGUCUUUCCAGAAGAGCUUUAAACCUGGUGCUUCUGUGGGUUUCUUGUUGACCAAGCCCUAUUGCCCUUUCUGGUCUAAUUGCAAGUGAAAGCAUUGCAGCUACAGCUCCAUGGCCACAUUGCCUGCUGCUGUGAACAAUUACUCUCUAAUUUGAGGCUGGUGGAAUUGAAGGAGUGUUCUCCCCUCUCCCAGGUGAUCUCUUCUUUCUCUGGCCUCUUUUUUUCACCCUGGAAACAUGGCAUUGAAGAUACCUCCCUCUGUGUGCAGAAUGAAAAUGGUGGUGGCUCAGGCCACGGAUGUUCCAGGAGGGUGAUAGGGCAGUUUGUCCCAGCCCUAACUCGGUCUGAUAGAGAAGGCCUGACCAUCCCAGUCCAGCCUCACACCCAGAAGCCUCAAGGUUCAUUUUAAGCCAUGGGAAUUCAUGCACCCCAGUCUCCAUCUGAUUCUUUUCUCUCCCACCUACAGUUUUCUCUGGUGGCACAUCAGGCUGACUCACCUGAGCUGGCAAUAAGCAAUACAUCUGCAACCUCAUCCAAUAACAGUGUUCCUUGGGUGACACAUCGGGAGGUGUUGAUAUGCUCCCAGGAAUGCUGCAGGCUGGGUUGGGGGAGCAGCACUGGCCUGUCUCAGUGCAGCUCUUGCUCCACUAAAUCCCUUUUGCUCUGGAAAAGAAUGGGGAAGAAUCAAGCUAGAGCAGCCCAUCAGCCAAAUCCAGCUCCCACUAUAUCUGGGGAGGGGGCUGGCCCAGUGUCCCCUCUCUGCUCUGACAGUUUCACACAGGGGCUGGAAGGGCUGUGUGCCCUUCCUCUGUGGCACUGUGUCUUUGUGCUCUCUCUGCCAAAUGGCCUUUUAAUCUUAGAAGUGUCUCUCUGUCUCAGAGACCUCAUUGCCCUCGGCUUUCCUCAGAGGGGGCAAUGCUAUUUCUGUGGCCUCUGUACUCAGUGAGGGCUAUUUCUGCUUUCCUCCCAGACUGAACCUCAGGACUGGUAGUGCUUCGUUUUGCUGACACAAGUACUGUAUUUGGCUCAUUGAGCUCGUGACAGAAUCUCUCCCUUGUUCCUUAAGAGCUUCUAAGAAGGCAGGGUGAGUGCCUGAAUGUGGGGGUCACCCUCAGCAAGGUGCUGACACCUGCAGCCUUACCCUUCCUACCGCUCUGCCAUCUUCAGGCAUGACAGUGGCUCCUGUUAGGAAGAUGCUGAGAGCUGCUGGGCCAGCAGGGCUUUGCCCCUUACAUCUGAUAUGCCCUUGUUUUGGCAGCCCUGCAUGCCCUUUCCCAGGCUGUGCUUCUCUGCCGUGCACAUCAAACACAGCUGUGCUCCCCUACUACCUCCUGGGGAGGAGAGGGGCAACCGGGAGGCUCAGUAGCCUGAGCUUGGCCACGAGUUGCAUCACCCUGCCAGCCAAAGACCACCCUCCCUCCUUGCUCACCGCCAGUGCAGCCCUGCCACACGGGCUUACAGCAGGGCUGGGCAGCACCAU